GAUAGUGCUAUAAGAAUGUGCCAUAAGCCAACAGGUGUUGUUGUCGAAUGUCAGACAGACAGAUCUCAAAUUAAAAAUAGAAAAAUAGCAUUACAAAAGUUAAGAGCAAUAAUUUAUAAAAAACAACUCGAGCAACAACAAUCAUUGACUAGAUCUGCUAGAAAACAACAAGUUGGUUCUAGUGCGAGAUCAGAAAAAAUUAGAACAUAUAAUUUUAAUCAAGAUCGAAUCACCGAUCAUCGUCUGGCUAAGAGUUUUCAUAACUUAAUUGGGUUUUUAGAAGGYAGAGAAUAUUUGGAUAAGGUAGUCAUUGAGUUACAAGAAAGAGCAAAUAAAAUACUCUUUAAUGAAUUUAUUGAAGGUAUUUCUGAACAAAAUUAAAAUUGUAAAAACUUACAUAGAGUUGCAGGUUAUUUUG